CAUAAACGUUCUGUGGUCUGCCAAGCCACCAGCAAGACAGGCAGAGUCGAGCACAAUGUCUUUGUUUCCAAUCAUUAUAAAGCUCGUAUAAGAAUAGAUCGUGCCUUUGCCGCCACAGGUCUACUCAUAUUAACGCGUAGUGAUUACACGUGCUGUACCAACAACGGACAAUACCUGUCAGCAACCUUCUGGGCACAUGAUCGAGUCCGUAUAUCUCAGCCCACAAGUCUCCCAGACAGUAAAAGCAACACUUAGCACACCCGUUCCAGAAACAUCAGAUUCGGUUCCCGUCUCUCAUCUUCACUCAUGGGUUCCGCGCAUUCUCUGCUCCGCAUGCCAAGAUGUCGUGGAAUAGAUAUCGAGGAAAUGACGAUCCUGCAACUGCAAAACCAUCUCGACAAAGGGUCAUUCACUUCCAGAGAAUUGACAGAGUGCUAUCUGAAGAGAAUUGCAAAAGUCAAUCCACUUGUCAAAGCUGUGAUCGAGACGAACCCCGACGCUCUCAAGAUUGCCAACGAAUUAGAUGUCGAGCGCAGGAACGGCCACGUACGUAGCGCGUUACAUGGAAUCCCUUUCCUCGUCAAAGACAACAUUGCUACAAAAGACUCAAUGCAGACUACGGCAGGUUGUGCGGCGCUUAUCGAUACAUAUGUCCCAGAUGAUGCUCAGGUCGUUGCACUUCUGCGGGCUGCUGGUGGUGUACUCCUUGGGAAAGCGAACUUAUCCGAGUGGGCGUCCAUGCGAGCAAGCUACUAUUCGGAAGCGUACUCUUCCCGAGGAGGGCAGAACCGGAAUCCCUACAAUCUUGAGGAACACCCUGGUGGUUCUAGUUCUGGAAGUGCAAGUGCAGUAGCUGCCAAUAUGUGUGCUUUCAGCAUCGGUACUGAGACUGACGGUAGCGUCAUGUUCCCUGCAGAUCGUAACGCAGUAGUAGGCAUCAAACCAACUGUAGGCCUCACAUCCACGGUCGGUGUCAUCCCCGAGGCUCCAAGUCUAGACACGGUCGGUGUUUUUGGACGUUCUGUUCCAGAUGUGGCUGCAGUCCUGGAUGUCAUCGCUGACACGAGCUCUCUCCCCGAGUCUCUACAGGCGAACACUGGCUCGUCAUCCAACCCUCAGUGUACCAGAGGCUCAUAUACAUCGCAACUUGCCAAGAAAGAUGCCCUACGAGGUGCAAGAUUCGGUCUACCGUCGAAACGGGUUUGGGACGCAGCGAGCAAAAACAAAAAUUCUGUAUUUGAAUAUACUACCCUCAGAGAAGUCACAGCUCGAUUGGAAAAAGCAGGUGCGCAGAUUGUGGAUGUGGAUUUUCCGAGUGCUGAAGAAAUAAUAUCACCUGACGGCUGGGAUUGGGAAUUUGGAACAGGAGUCAGUGGCGCUGCCCUGUCUGAAUUUUCAGUGGUCAAAGUUGAAUUCUACCAAGGGUUACGAAAGUAUCUUGCUACACUCGAAGGAAACAAAGGCCAGAUUCUUUCGCUGGAAGAUGUGGUCGCAUAUAAUAUCAAGUAUACGAACGAAGAAGGAGGGUUACCAGGCACACACCCAGCAUGGCCGACUGGGCAGGACAAUUUCGACAGAUGCAUCGAGACCAAGAGCCAGGACGAAGAUGUCUACACCAAGGCGCUAGCUUAUAUUCAACAGAAGUCUCGGGAAGAAGGUAUUGACGCAGCCUUGACAGGUCAGAAAGGUAGGUUAGAUGCGCUGCUCGUGCCUCUGCAAGCAGAAGGAGGUGGAGCGUGUUCGGUCGCUGCAAAGGCAGGCUACCCAAUGAUUACGAUUCCAGUCGGCAUCAACAACUUUGGUGUUCCUUUUGGAUUAGGACUCAUGCAAACAGCAUGGAAUGACACUGCACUGGUAAAAUAUGGAUCGGCGAUUGAGGACCUGAUUCGAGGUCGAUUACCCCCUCCCUUCAAGAACUUGAACGCGAACAAUUAUAUGUACAUUGGGAGUCCACCACAAGGUCAUAUAUAGUAGCCAAAUGACGCUGAUUAUUGGCAUCAACUAAUUUUGAACUUCUGUUUCGUCAACUUCCAUCGAGUACGCCACGUCAUCCGUCUUCUAGGUGUGUCAUCCAUGAAGGCAGCCUGCUCUUCAUCGAUGACUGGAUCUUUUACGGCGUUUAAAAAUUUCAUCAGAACAAAGAUUAAGAUAACUGUAAACGCCGAUACUGGCCCAGCUGUCUUCCAGAAAUAUGACGACGUAUGAACAGUGUGGGCGAUGUCCGUGAGGUUCAUCCCAAAAUAUGACGUGAAGAAGGACAGGGGAAGGAAGAUAAUA